AUGAGGAUGCAGAACAACCACGACGGUGAAUCCUCUGAGUUCGCUACAGUUUUUUGGGCGCUGGACAUAGCUAUGGCGUUUAGGACUCUCCAAACACAGGCGUAUUGGUUUCUCCUUGCCGUUGUUACGUCGAGGUCUGCAGCUGAUGAUGUCUGUCCAGAAGACCUCGAUGGUGAACUGUGGGACUGUGGAUCAUGGGGCUCGUGGAAGACGGUGGAAUUCUGCGAUGGCCUCUGUGGCGGCGGAAAGGCAAAAACAAUGCGAAUUCGGAGUUGCACUAACAGCGGACUCAGCUGUACAUGCAUUGAGGAAGACACUCUGGAGUGUCAUGUGAAUUGCAACUGGGGCGUCUACAACAGCAAAACUGAGCGCUGCGACUGCCACCUUGGGGCCACCGGUCCGUGCUGCAUUAGAGAGGAGACUACGCAGGCGAAAGGCGAUGAUACUAGGAUUCUCGGAACAGAAAUGUUGCGCACCCUUAACGGCGAAGUGAAGAAAACGUGCUCUGGGGGAGAAGACUAUACUGCUGUUGAAGAGCAUCCAUCUGAAUACCUCGUGUGCUCCAGUGAAUCUUCCAGAGUACUGAGGUGCCCCGAAUCGGAAGUCUACGACAGCUUCUGGAACAAUUGCAAAGAACCAGAUCUUUGGUCAACCUGCAAUAUCGAAACGGUUCAGUAUGCCAGAGGUUACGUUAAUCCAAGAGAUGGAGGUCAGAUCUGCGACCCCAACAGGAACACGGACGACUGGACGACAGUAUUCACCUGCCCUAGCCCUACGGGACAAUUCGCACUGCGAGACAACGAUAAGUUCUACUUCAACUGCCGCGACAACAGAGUCACCAUGAAGCCCUGUCCGUUUAGGACACGCUUCAACCCGUGGACCGCGACAUGCGAGGCUCAGAGAAUGCAUAAGGAUUGCCGGAUACACGGGCAUCGCUACAGAGCGGGAGAUAUCUGUCCGCAUAAUGCAAAUAUGAUCUGCGAUCCAGCAAAGUCGACAACCCGGUGGUCGAAAAUCUUUGAGUGCCCGCAACCCAACGGCUCGUUCGUGCAUCCCGAGGACAACAAGAAGUUCUACUACUGCCAGGAAGGAGCGCCACUGCGUCUCCUCUCUUGUCAGGGGCACUCCAUUUUCCUGGAGAGGCUGCAACGUUGCUGGUACCCGAAAGAGAAGCACGGAUGCAUAAUUCAUGGCAUGUUUUACGAAGCUGGAGCUGAACACCCGACAGAGGAGCACCUCUACUGUGACCCUCCUCGGAGCACGACGUCUUGGACAUCUCAUAUUGAAUGCGACAACGGCGAACAUUAUUUCGUAAGUGCACAAGACCCGAAGUCCUAUUUCGUGUGCAAAAGUGGGCAGCUUCAGCUACACACAUGUCCAGGCCCGAGCAUGUUCUUCGAGGAGAUCAAGGGUUGUGGCCCAAUCCCACAAGACUCUUACUGCAUCAUCUCGGAUGCGAUUUACGCAAGAGGAUACAUCAACCUUCGGAAUCGCUCACAAAUAUGCGACCCGGAUUCAGACACCGUGGAUUGGAGUGCCCUCCCUAGGACACCUACGCAUUUUGGAGUGCCACUGCCCAUAGUAGAUGAUCCGAGGACCACAUGCGUGGAGCCAUAUGGCCUGCAACGCGUCAGGAGCGAGCGGUCGGUGUUCAUUCAGUGCUCUGAAUGGUCGCCCUAUCUGCGUCACUGCCGCAACGGAUCAAUCUACAUUGAUUACCUCAAGAGGUGCACGUAUACGACAAAGGUUCCAGCUAGAAGCAGGUACCAUUCUCGACGUGUUGCACAGCGAAACCACCGUCCAGGAACAGAGCAACCACAGAUACUAACGUGGCGCCUUGCAAGCCGCACUCCAAAUCCAACGCUGCGAUCGCCGUUGUUCCAGGAUUCCCAUUGAGACUCAAACUACCGGGACAAAUCGUAGCGUCGAUUGAUUGACGUAACUGACGUACAGAGCUUCAUUCAACCCGACCGUGGAAGUGGCUUUCGAUCUUUCGAUGACGAAAGCUGCGCAGUGACGCUUGCGUCGACAGAAAAGCUACGGUUAUUAGUACGCUAAGCGAGGCCUUUUUGCGUAGAUUGCCUCGCGUUAUUACCAGAACCAGCGAGUAGAAUCGCUAGCUGGAACCGGUGGCGUAGCCAGAGGUUGGGGCGUCCGUUUCGGGGGUCCAACCCCCCACCCCGAAGUCGUGCCUUUGGUAUUGCAUUUGGGAGAGGGAAAACGAGGGUGAUAUCCAUUUGCCCAUGUAAAGUUCCCGUAGAACCUCUCCCGUAUUUUUCUGGCUACGCUACUGGCCGGAACAAAUGUACAUACUUCUAACGUACAUGCGUACAUAAACGUACACACUUAUACAUCAACGUUAUCAUGCCCUGUACUCACCUUUCGCUGAUUAUCGCUGAUUACCGUGCACAUCAGACUGAUAACAAAUGCUGAGCAAUUUCUUUCGAGGGCGGAUUGAAGCAAAGCUGCGGAUACUCGCUACGAAGUUUUAGUACAUCGUACGCUGUCGACUUUGCGUACAUAAGGGAUAGCGUUGAUGAUUUGGCACACGCACAUCACAUAAAGAGAGCUUCGCGCAGUGCGCAGAACCACCAACGCUAUCUGUUACGUACGUUAUCGCCUUUGCGUAGGACGCACUAAAACUCUCUAAUGUGUCUCAUGAUGAUCACCGUCCCGUUCACUCUAUACGCAUGUACUGCUUGCGACAUACUUGUCAGAAAUCGACAGCUCGCGGUUUAUCCUGUCUGAAAUCUUCAGGUGUUGGAAUAUUGUUUCUCCCGACUAAUACACUCCCACCCUCAUCUUACUACCCACCCUCAAACACGAUAAUGGUACAGCUAGAAGUGUGUCGCAAGCAGUACAUGCUCAUUAACAUUUGGUUGAUGUGUAUGGAAGUAACACAUUGUUCAUGUACCUAAUUUAUGCUCAUAUUGCCGAACACCAAAAUAUUUUAUUAGUGGAUAAUAAAAUGUUGAAACAAAAUAUUAAUAAUUUGUCACUUGCACAGUGUGGAAUUAUGUAGCCAAC